AUGGCGCCACAACCCGCGACCACUCCCACCACCUCGAGCGUCGCGUCCACGCCAACUCCGUCUCCAGCGCCCUCUCCCAUACCUCCCCCAGUGCCUGUCGAGACUCAUCCCAACCGAGGGAAACCACAAGUUAAUCGAAUUGCACCAGACCCGAAUCGUCUUGCUCCCGAAGAUGCAUACAAGACUUUCUCACCGCCCCGACUGCGGCCGGUGCCUGAGAUCAGUGGCUCUGCCGCAGCAAGUGCUGCAGCUGCAGCUCUCCGACCCGCAGUUGCGUCCCUACGAGCACCGCCAGCCAUUCCUCCAGUCGCUGCUAGAAUAGCCGAAGAAAGACGACGGGCAGCCAGCAAGAGACGGAAGCAACCCCACGUUUGGAAAAAAUUACUGUGGAUAAAACAGCAUGGGUUCCCUGACAACUAUACCGACACCGAGACUUUUCUGGACCACCUGCAGCGAAAUCCACGGCUGAGGCCCUACGAUUUUUGGCCAUUGGUGGCAGACUCGGCCGUCAUUGUGCAGCACGUUUGUUCCGUGGCCAUCUUCAUCUGUGCCUAUGCCGGAAUCUACCAAGGCCGUCUGUCGCCUGUCUCGGUGGUGACCUGUGGUACGAUUCUGACGGUGGGUGGUUGGAUUGUGUGGGACCAUUGGAUAGGUCAACAGGAAGCAGAAGAGUGGGCGGCACUUCACAAGGCGAACCGGCUCUCGGUCGAUGUCGACGACGGUUCAAGUACAAGCUCCGGAGGUUCUUCUAAACUUCAUAUGAACGGCAAUGGCCAUGUCGGCAAUGGCCAUGUGAACGGCACGCUGGGAGGACGAGGCGUUGGUCUGAAACUCUCGACCGCCGACCUUGGAGUCAAGGACCACGAAUCCAAGUUCUCUGGGAAGCAUGGCCAGUCCUUGUCCAAAUCAUCCUUCCAGUCGAUUUCUCCCAUUGACCCAUUGGGCGAGAGCUCAGUGGAACCGUUUCCAGAUCUGCGGCCAACGACGUCCCGACCCCAAGCACCCCAGUCUCCCAGCAUGGUGUAUAGUCCAACCACAUUACCGGCUACGAUAUCUCCGCGAAACCAAGCGCGGCUCAAAACACUCAAAUCUGCUUCUUUGAUCUACUUUGCUCUGUUGGGACUGUCGCCUAUCCUCAAGUCCCUCACAAGAUCGACAUCAUCAGACUCCAUAUGGGCGCUGGCGACAUGGCUUCUGAUCAUCAACAUAUUCUUCUUCGACUAUGGAAGCCUUUACUUGCCCAAAAAGCCAGAGAAUGCGGGGCGAGUGUCUGGAAUAUCAAACGCCACAGCCACGGACCCAGCACCCCCUCAAUUGAGUAAUACUUUCCGGCCACCUCCAUUCCCGUCAUCUCUGUCGACCAAUGCAGCCUUGAUGGCCAGCACGGUGCUUGCUUCGCGCCUGAUGACAACCACUGCCGUGUUCAGCCUGACACUGUUUUCGAUCCAGGUGUUUGGUCUAUUUCCGGUGUUCCGGCGGCAUCUCCAUUACAAUUCGUUUAAGCUACAUCUGCUUCUCACGUUCGCGCUGGUGACAAUGUCCACCUGCGGGUUGGGGUUGGUUUUAUCCAAAUCCUACACACACACGUAUGGCAACUGUGGGCUCUGCUGGGGUUGGAUCUGGCAUGUGAUUCUUCGGAGCACAAUCGGAUUUAUAGUCGGAGGACUCAGCACAGCAUUUGUCAUGGGAGGAUGUUCAUGGUGGCUGAUCGGGCUCCAGCGGUAUAAGAACGUGGUGAUUGGGCCCUGGGAUCCUGCCAAACCUGUCCUUGCCGGCGGCGUCUAUGGCAGAAGUCGAACGGGGACUGACUGA